AUGACUUCCACCAUGACUCAAGUUCCCGAACCGCGUACAUUCACCCACCGAUCUCUUUCACCUCAUAAGCGUGCCAAUGAUGCCUCUCCUAACGAAAAAUUCCCCUCUUUCGACGAACAUCGCAUCAACUUCCCCAACGGUCCCUCAGCGCUCGCAGACAGCCCUUCCGAGAUCAGUCCGGGACAGCACCCCAAUCUUGAGUUCAAAUGGCCCGUAAGAAAAGCGAGCCAACGAUUGCGCGACGCACGAAAUUCUGGAGUCUACACUCAUAGACCGAGGAGGAGUGUCAGCGAUGCCAUAAAUAAAUUCCGCACCCGGCAGGGAAGUGUCAGUGAAAAUGCGCAUGAGUUGGCAGAGGCAUUGAAAGCACCAGUGUCUUACAAGCUCAUUGCACUCUGCAUCAUAUGGUACAUGACUUCUGCGCUCACAAACACAUCCUCAAAGUCGAUAUUGAAUGCAUUGCCAAAGCCGGCCACACUCACAAUUGUUCAAUUCGCCUCGGUGUCGUUCUGGUGUUUAGUCCUUACAGGCUUAUCCUCCACCUUCCCGUCCUUGAAGCGUGCGGUACCGGCUCUAAAGAACGGCCUGCGGCGACCGUCAUGGGAUGUCUUUUACACGGCAUUCCCCCUGUCGAUCUUUCAACUUCUGGGCCAUCUGCUGAGCUCUUAUGCUACCUCAAAAAUCCCGGUUUCACUGGUCCAUACAAUCAAAGGCUUGUCUCCGUUGUUCACGGUCCUUGCCUACCGUGUUGUGUUCCGCAUCCGGUACAAACGUGCGACAUAUCUGUCUCUGAUUCCGCUUACACUUGGAGUCAUGUUGGCCUGUUCUACAGAUUUCUCUACCAACUUUUGGGGGAUAGGCGCCUCUCUGGUGGCAGCCAUAGUUUUCGUGUCCCAGAACAUCUUUUCAAAGAAACUCUUCACGGAGGCAGCUCGUGCAGAGGCAGAAGGCCAAGCACAUAUGCCGCGAAAGUUGGACAAGCUCAAUCUUUUGUGCUACUGCUCUGUUGGUGCAUUUCUGCUCUCGGCCCCGGUUUGGCUCUACACCGAGGGAUUUGAGCUUCUCCACAACAUGUGGACUGCAGGCGCAGUGCCUCUUUCGGAAAAGAAGGGCGCCAUGGAUCAUGGAGAACUCAUGUUGGAAUAUGUGUUCAAUGGGCUUUUCCACUUUUUCCAAAACAUCAUGGCGUUUGUGCUGCUUUCCAUGUUGUCACCGGUCUCAUAUUCGGUGGCCUCCUUGAUCAAACGUGUGUUUGUGAUUGUUGGUGCUAUCAUCUGGUUCCGCAGUCCGACCACGGCAGCCCAGGUCGUUGGGAUUGCCUUGACAUGUCUAGGUCUCUAUCUUUACGACCGGACCAGCAUGGAGGACGCCGCAGAGAGGAGAACCAGAGCCGACCAUUUCCGCCACAAAGCAGCUUUGUUACCUGUCACUGAGGUCCAGACUCCCGGCCUCAAGGACAGUUACGCUGUGCAGGAUGACUACAUGGCAGAGAUCUCGGAAUCGCACCCUAAGAGGGACGACAGCCGGCAUCGUGCCCACGACAAUGCUCCAUCAGGUUGGCUUCCACCUGGGACUAAACAAGAGGACACAUGGGAAGUGAAAGACCAGCAAGAAAAGAGAUAG